UACAUGUAUGUGAUGUAUACAGUGUACAAAUUUGACUCAAGGUUAAUUGGUGGAAACGAACACUCUACUAAAUAUUUGGUUGGACUAAUGAUAUCAAGAUUGAAUCACAGAAUUUUGUUUACGCUAAUUUGUGUUUAAUUCUUUCUAUAUGUAUAAACAUAUUUUAUACAAGCUGGUUUACAAACUGCAAAAUAAUUGUUAAAUAUUGCGAAAUGAUUUAUACGAUAAAUUUAUUAAAGUUAACAAAUCAGGCUAGCAACUAUAAAAAUGUGAAUUUUCGGAUUAUCUAUUCCUAAUUGUGACGUUAUCGAUUCGAGUACACGUGGAUUACUUAUCCCUUUAAUUGUGAACUCAUCGUAAAGAACUGCUACAAGAACGUAACAGGAACCAACAGGAAAUGAUGAUGCAUGAUCAAAAUGAUUCGACAAGCAAGCAAGAAAUUAUCUCAAGUGAGACAACCAAAACAGUUAUAGAGUACCGGAGAAAUGGGAAAGUACAAAACAAAAAUGAAGAGAACUUGACAUUUAAGCAUCAAAUGUUACACACAGUUUGUAUCUGUAUCAGCAUCUUUACACUGGGAUGGAGAAACGCUUUGAUUGGUCCAACCUUACCUGAUCUUAGAAUCAUAAUAGACGAGAAUCUUGCCACGGCAUCAGGGAUAUUAUCAGCUAAGUCACUAGGUGGAUUACUUGGAGCUAUUUGUGGCGGUUUCGCUUAUGAUCGUUUCAAUAAAAUCGGAGUUUUCGUCGUCACUAUUAUAGUCAUGGGUGUUUCGGCUGCCCUCACACCUUGGUGCUACCACCUGGCGGCAAUGUUGGUCGUUCAUGGGUUUUACGGGGUUUGCGCAACUUCUCUUGAAACAGCGGCAACAGCUGACAUGGCCAUGGUAUGGAAACAGAAAGCCGGACCGUAUAUGCAAGCUGUGCAAUUUGCGUUCAGUGCUGGAGCGAUUUUAUCCCCUUUGGUUGCAGAGCCUUUUUUAGCCGAUUUAAUUAGUUUUCACUCUGAUUUUGAACCACUUGUUUCAAAUACUUCCACUUUGGCAACAAAGUAUUUGAAACCCACAGGAAAUGUAAAAGCUGUUACUGAAAGUCAAAGUGAACAAAUAAAUGGCAACGCUUCUGUAACUAAAUACGGCGAAACAUUAAUUUAUAUUCCAUAUAGUAUGACGUCACUCCUUUGUUUACUGUCUGUCGGUUUUUAUGUUGUGAUUUACUGCGUUUACGGCAGUGUAUAUAACACCCUUAAUGAUGUUUCUGAUUGUGAAAUAAGAUCAAAUCGAAAUCGGUACUUCUUAAGUAAGAGGAUGAAAUAUACAUUUACCAUGCUAUUAGCAUCGGCUAUGUUGCUCUAUAGUGUUAGUGAGACUAGUUUUAUAGGUUUUCUUAUGACAUUUUUAGUAUCUGAGCGAAAAUGGAGUAAGGCAAUGGGAUCUGUUGCGUCUUCUGUAUUUUGGAUUACUUUUUCAGUUGGCCGAUUAGUUGGAAUUGUUGUUAUAAAGUUCAUUAGUAUGUCCUCAAUGAUUUUCAUAUUUAGUUUUAUAUAUACUUCAGGUUCGGUGUUGUUUUUCCUAGCUGUGAUAUUUGAUCAAAUCAUUUUGGAGUGGUUGUCUAUUGGAGUUAUUGGUUUCGGAAUGUCUGUUUUAUUUAGCUUAGUAUUUUCAUGGUUGUCUAAAAAUGUUUGCAAUUUGACGGGUAAAAUGGCGAGCAUUUUCUUUAUCUUUAUGAGCGUUGGGAAGAUGGGUGUACCUAUUUUAGUUGGAUAUCUGAUGGACAAAGUUUCACAAAUGUGGUUCAUUUAUUCAAAUAUAUUUUUGAGUUUUUCUAUGUUUGCAACCUUCGUUUUUGCUAUGGUGUCUUUCAAUUUAAUGAAAAGAGUUAAUAAAAGAUCAGAAAAAGCCAAUAUCAUGUUUAAAAUUGAAGGUGGGAAUUGAAAUGUUAAGAGAUGUCAAAGUUCAAUCCGUUUUCGUAGUAAAUUACAUUAAAAGGCAGAAUUUCUUUGUUAUUAAAAGAACAUGUACAUUUUGUACAGUAUGUAUAAAUAUUAAUCUUUGUUCAUGUUUAUUCAGCUUCAUGAAUUAAUCAAACUAAUAAGUAGCUUUAAACAAGAAAGUUCCAAUAGUUUGGUCUUUAUCAAAGCACGGUACAUACACAGUUGCAAUUUUUGUCUUAACCCAAAAUAAGUAAUGCUUUUAUUUUGUACCCAAAAUAAGCUUGCUCUAGUUACGUCCAAUCACUUGAAAAUAAACAGCGCCAUUUUCAAAAGACAUUACAUGAGAGAUCACAGAUUUGCUUCUAUUUUACCAAUUAUAGGUGACAUUGGUUGCAUAACAACAAAGCAAAGAAGAUGGAUUGACAUGAUAAGUAUAUCGAACAGGUUAAUCUUAAUGGACGAAAAGAAAUACAAGGCACGUAUUCAAAAUGGAUUACAAUUCUAUCAAAUGGUCAAGUGAAAGUCAAUGUGAUGAUAUCAAAACAGUUGUGAUAGAAAACUUAAACAAUUGUUCAAUUGAAUAAAGACUAACACUGAAGUGUGUAUUGUAAAUAUUAGUUAGAACUUAGUGAGAAAGUGACUCAUAGACAUAGAGCAUAAUAAUAUACUAUUCAAGAGCGAAACCGAGCAAAAGCCAUACCUACUUAAACUCAUCUGCAACCGAAACGAACGUCCUGUACUUGCACAAUUGCGUUUCUGCGUAUAUCUAAUUUGUGUAGAAUCAAGGAGAUAUUACGAUGAAUUACUAGAACAGAGGCUAUUCAUUCAUCAUAAUUUUCAUUCUUAGAUGUAACUUGUACCAUGAUAUAUGACCAAAUCGUUUAAGUGACAUGAUUUCUCAAAUAAUUUAUACACUGAUUUGACUAUGACAAAUUUAUGCAUAUGAUUUAGAAGCACACUGUAGAAUUUCCUAGAUUCGUUGUAUAUUAAACGAAAACAUUUUGUUUCAUAUUGCUAUUAUUAAAAAUAAGUUUGUCUCUUAACUGUAUCAACACAUUAAUGGCAUGAUAAACUGAAAUUAAAUAUUAUAAUAUUUCAUUGUUAUUUAAUCACUGAUAAGAUUUCAAAGACUUUUGUAUCAAAAUGAAAUGUUAAAAUAUAGACAGGGUCAAUUCUCAAUGUUAAAAAUAUAC